AUGCAAAGUUCGGGUGUGGAUGAUGAGCAUCAUGCUGACUUGCGUUUGCAGUCCUGCCUGUUUGCCACCGCUGACGCCAAGGUUAGUCAUGACGAACUGUUGCUCCGCACAGCUUUCGAGAAGUUGGGCCUUGAGACGACCGGUCUCUCAGAGAGCCAUUGUGAAUGGGGAGGCGUGAGCUGCCACAGGGACGGGUGCACGUCUCUUGACCUGCCAUUUGAGGGCUUUCAAGGAGAGCUGCCACCUGAGAUUGGAAAGCUUCUUCAUUUGCAGAGUUUGGACUUGUCUCACAACAAAAAACUCACGGGAAACCUGGCCACCCUGGCAAAGCUGACAGCUCUGACCUUGCUCGAUCUAAGCCACACAGGCAUGGGAGGGGACCUGCAUGACCUGAGGGCAAUGGUGCAAAUGGAGAGUCUCGAUCUUAGCCGCACAAACAUUGUCGGCAACCUCAAGGCGCUCAGCAAGAUGACAAGAAUGCGAAAGCUCUGGCUUUCCAAUACUGCCAUCACAGGUGAGAUGACGCCGCUGAGUUCGAUGGCGAUGAGAAAGCUGCAGGAGUUGCACCUUGAGCACACAGGAGUUGAAGGGGCCCUGGACGACCUGACAGAUCUCGCAGAGUUGGAAACGGCUCGGCUGUCUUCCACAAGAUUGACCGGAAGUCUGACGUCUUCGUGGCGCGGGAAGCUGCGGCACCUCCGGUACUUAGACCUUGCGGAUAGCAAAGCCCGUUUUUUACCUCGUGGCGAGCACCUGGCAGACCUCAAGCACCUGUGGACCACGUCGGACAAGACGCUGCUGCCGGCCCUGGUAGAGCUGGACGUCUCUGGCUGCCCCAUAGACGGCAAGGUCAGGGACCUCCUUGGGGUGCUUGCCGCCUCCAAGGCGCUAGCCAAGAUCUCGGCGCGAAGCAGCAACCUCUCGGGUGCGCUCCCAGACUUGGGGGAUUUAAGCCUGGUGGAAGUUGACGGCGGCCGUUACGGCAAGUACAGAACCCCUCUCUCAAACUCGCUCCAGGUCUUGGACCUGAGCCGCAACAGGAUCCAACGAGUCGAAGGGCUCAACGCACAAAGCUUGCUGUCUCUAGCAGGCAAUGCGAACGUGGACAUUACGCGUGGCCUUCUUCGUGCAGCACUGCAGAACGGCAUCCGCCUAGACCUCACUGACGUUGCCCUUACGAAUGUCAGCGAGGCCAGAAAGCUGUUGGCAACAAAGGCUCUGAGCCGCACGGAUGGGCGCACCAUCACAGAUGCCAAAGGUGGUUUCUCGUGCUACGGCCUUCAGAGCGCUCUGCUGCAAGUGACCCCGGCCCGGUUUCUUCCAUCUACUCUUUGUGGGUGCCAGCCGGGCUGGCACGGAUCCGGGGUGGAUUGCAAGCCCUGCAGCAAAGACCACUACAGCGACGAGUUCAAUCAAACGCAGUGCAAGCUGUGCCCGGAGGGCAGUGUCACCCCGGAUUCUGGUGCAGCAUCUCUGCAGGGCUGCCAGUGCGAGAUCGGCAGGAUUCACGACAACUCCUGCGUGUGCGAUGCAGAGAAGGCUUUCCAUGACAAACAGUGCCUGAACUGCAACGAUCUGAAUCUGGACUGUGGAUAUCCUGGGAAUGUGGCCACAUUGGCACCGCCGAGUCCUGGACAUGCUCGCCUCUACGCACACGCACCAAAAGCCGUGAAGUGCCCGGAUCCUGCAGAAGGGCGCUGUAAUCAAUCCGCAGACGCUUCAGAGCUCGGGUGCGCGCAAGGUUAUGAGGGACCGCUCUGCGUUACGUGCUCGGAGACAUAUCGCAGCUAUGGCCGUCGCUGCGAAAAGUGCCAGGAAGGCUAUGAAGCCGCACGUUGGCCGGCCGUCCUUGCUGCGGUGAUCUUGGCGGCUGCAGGGUCCGCCUUCUUUGCAUGGAGGACCCAAAGAGGAGGUGCCGCAGCCACUGCAGCAGCAGAGGCAACUCCCACGGCUCGCGUGGCCUUGGGGCCGCUGCUGCUGUCUCAGAGCCCUGUGCUGCUGCAGUUCGCCCAGCUUUGGGGCGUUCUUGCAGCCUUGAGCCAGAAGAGCGCCGGCGACUCUACCUCACAGACAUUCGACCAGGAAUUCGCGCAAUGGCUGCAGUUGACAGCAAGCGGUGUGCGGGAUGCCUUGAGCCUGGAGUGCUCGUACGGCAGGAGUGCACGCACAGCGUGCGCGCUGCUGGGGCCAACGGUGCCACUGUUGCUUUUGGCUCCCUGCGCUCUUCUAGAAGCUGCCCAGAGAGGCCGAGGUGUCAGCACAGCUCUGCAAGUCUUGUCCUUGGCCUUCAUCGGCGGUGCUUCGAGUGCUGCGGCGCUUCUGCGCUGUCAGGAGCUGGACGGAGGCGGAGAGCCUUUGGAGGGCUUUUCGUUCCGUGCCCUCCUGCCACACCUCAAGUGUUCGGAGGCAAAAUGGGUUGAUUGGAUUGGUCAAGGAUGCGCGGUUGGCUAUGGGAUCUUCAUCCCAGCAUGCUUGGUCAUUUUGAUGGCCAAACAAGAGCGGAGCCUUGCGCCCACCAGAUGCGCGGCUCACCUAUCAACUAUAGAUGGGGAGACCACAUCACUCCGGAUGGCCCCGCUGAAAGCCAACACGAAGGAUUCGAUGGAGGUGAACUCUCAACCUCAGUUGGCAGCGGCUGUCGCCUAUUGUGCCGUCUUUUUCCGUGGGCCAGUCCGGAUGAAGUGGGCAAACGGGUGCCUGGUGCUGCAGCCUGGCGUCGGACGCAGUUCCAGUCACGAAGUGGAGUUUGACGCAGAUGACGUCCUAUCCAGGGCCCUGGACAACAAAGCAGAUGCAGACCUUCGACGGUGGCAAGGAAUCACCAGGAUGCUGAAAGAGCGUUGCACCAUCGAAGAAGCGGCGUUGUCCGACAGAGUCUUGGCUGGUGGAAAGGAGCUAUUCUUCAAAUACGCGAGUUGCCGGAGCGUUUGGGUUGAAGUUGUGCUGAAGCUCGUGGUUGUGGGCAUUGUCGCGGUUCCCGUUGCAGAGUCCAAGAUGUUCCAAAUCCUGUACCUCUUGGGCUUCACCGUGGGGACCGGCAUCGUGCUCGGCGCUCUCAAGCCGUACAGACAGAGACAGGUCAACGACCUACAAUGCUUGUGCUUUUUAUGCCUCUCAGUGGCUGCGGUGGGCUUCAACUUUGAUGUCCUUUGGCUCACCCGCGGAGCGCUGAUGGCACCCUUGGUGGUGGCCGCCGCCCAGACCUUGCGCCCAGAUUGCCUCGAGUCGCUGGCCCUCCGCCUCUUUGAGGUGGCAAGCGACAAGUGGUCCGAUUUGAAGACAGGGGGCGAGGUUGAGCUCAAUGUGGAGACCUUGAGCUUCUUAUGA